AUGCACCCUUUCUCAGUCCUCGCGCUUGGCAUAUUUGUAGCAGGCUACAUCACCGCGCGGUGGGAUCUAGUUACCCGGCUGUACGAGCUGGCCAUAUUUGCCUGGGAUCACGGUGUAGUUACACGCACGGCCAAGGGCUUUGCUGUCCUUUCCAUCUUCUAUUUCCUUUUCAUUAUCCCAAUCAAUCUCAUUGUGGCACGAGAGAUCAACUCGGUAAAUCCCCUAGGCGCAUUCCCUCCGUUGACGAGAGCCCGAUCUACUCACAAAUUCCGUAGCAUCCGCGUGCAUCCUUCGCAUCUUUAUAUUGCUUGGAACCCCUCUUCUAAAGUGCCCCGGAUCUUUUGCCCGCCUGAGACCAAACUUUCCAUCCAGAUUAUCACAUUCAACAGGCCCCAUCCGAUGCGCAUGCAGUAUAUGUCCUUACGGCCUAUAUCUUUAAUUCUGGAAGACAAACCAUCUAAUUUGGAGAACACCGGGGAAGUAUUGGACGAUUUUGAACAAGCAGAGGUUAAGGCAAAAGCGCAAACCAGAAAACUUGUCGAGAAGCUGAAAUUGCAUACUGUGGUUAGGCAUAUUCCUUCACCAAAGGAACAGAUCCUCCCGGCAAUUAUCAACCAGGUUAACUGUUCUUUCGAAGUGGAGAAACUUCUUGCUAAAAAUGUGGGCUUGGUUGGAGCGCGACCCAAACGCAGUCUAAGUGUCAGUGAGCGCGUGGUUGAAUCUGCCAGCACCGCAUGGGACUUUUUAUACAUGGCUUUGUCAUACAUAUUUCUAGUGUGGAUUUAUCCGGUCAUUACGCAAGGGUUUAUUGCUGUACUUAUCAGCCAUCGAGUCGUGGCGGAGGUUGUCCUGGGUGUGCUCGAGUGGCGUGCUCGCCCAGACGCGGCUGCACUGAAGGAUAUAUCAGCUACAGCUCAGCAGAUUGAUAUACGGCUGCAACAAUUUUGUUACUGGCCGAUCCAAUACCUGACAUUGCGCAAACGGAAGGACGACUGGGAAAGUGUAACGAACAGCCACCCGGAUUAUAUAAGAUUCUACAACAGCCUUUGGUUAGUGGCUAAUGAUGUGAUCAUUGGGAUUGCUCUCGGAUCAUACAUCAUGGAUAACGCCGACUGGGUAGCGUCACAAAUCAACUCGAUUCUCACGUGGUGGACGGUCGAGGGUUUGCAACGGACAAUAUCGUGGCUCAUGGGCUGGCCUGCAGGUUUGAAGCUAAAUAAUGAACUUGCUGUUUUCAUGGGUGAUUUGUUUUUAUGGGUUAUAGAACAUUGGGCUAGUGCUCUCGCAAGCCUUCGCCCUUUUCUCCAGCAUGUAAUCUACAUGAUUGGAUGCUCCGGCUUUGCUGGUGCAAGCAUGUCCAUGGCCAUGUUCUCUGACCUGUUGUCGAUACUAACAGUUCAUAUCUAUUCGUUCUACAUCGCGUCCGCCCGGAUUUUUAAUUGGCAGCUCACCAUCAUAAUAUCCCUCUUCCACCUUUUCCGCGGCAAAAAGCGAAAUGUUCUUCGUAACCGGAUAGACUCAUGCGACUACGACCUCGACCAACUGCUCUUGGGGACGAUUUUGUUCACUCUUCUCUUUUUCCUCCUACCCACAAUCAUUGUAUUUUAUCUUACCUUUGCUUCUGCCCGUAUGAUUAUAAUAUCCCUCAAGGCAACGCUGGAUACUUGCCUUGCUUUUUUGAACCAUUUCCCUCUCUUCGCGGUGAUGCUGCGCGUGAAAGACCCAGGCCGUUUACCAGGCGGUAUUCAUUUCUCACUCCGAGAAGCUCUUUUGCCAAACUCUGCGUCGAAGACCGAUGAAAUGCCCUCUACCUCCACCUCGUAUAUCCAUCUCCAGUCCAUACCCCUCUCUCUUCGCCAAAUGUUCGACCAAUAUUUCCAGCUCGGCCACCGCCUCCGUAAGCACUAUCUCUCACCCAGUGUCAUCCUCUGCCUGGUGACUGGUCGCUUUGUCCCUCCAAUCCACCGCCGCAACAUGUACAGCUUGCAGUAUAGCAUGCUCCCUGCACAGCGCGUCGGGAUAGGAGAAGUUUGGUCGCGGUUGACGGAGAAGAAAACCCGGACGGCCAAUGUUAUGGCUCCCAUACCGAAGAUUCCGAAUGGAUUCCCGUUUGACAGGAGAAGGCAUCGGUCAUGA